AUGACUGAAACAAUCGCAUCGGUUCUGAUCGCCACCGUGGCAUUCGCAGCGGCAUUCACGGUGCCGGGAGGUUUCUCCAGUGAAAGGACAGCAAUAUUGGCAAGUAGAUUUGCCUUCAGAGCGUUCAUCGUGUCGAACACCACGGCCUUCCUCUUCUCCACUGUGGCAACCUGCUUCCUCAUGUACGGCACCAAAUCCUCUUCGUCGGUGCCGCUCAACCAUCGCCUCCAGUACAACUCGCUGGCGUCCGGGCUGGUGCCCGUCGCGGCUCAGUUCAUGAUCGCCGCCUUCGCGUUCGGGUCUCACCUCGUGCUGGGCGACGCCAACCGUGGGCUCAUUGCCUUCGUGUACGCUUGGUCUUCGGCUUCGGUGCUCUUCUGCGUCCCAGGAAUCUGGCUCCCCAUGUACCAUGCGCUUGGAAGAGCGAUAUGGCGGUGA